AUGGAGGUGUUCUUCAUGAUCCGGCGCCACAAGACGACCAUCUUCGCGGAUGCUACGGAGUCGAGCACCGUGUUGGAGCUGAAGCGCAUCGUCCAGGGCAUCCUCAAGCGGCCACCGGAGGAUCAGCAGCUCUUCAAGGACGACCAGCUUCUAGAAGAUGGGAAAAUGCUGCGUGAAUAUGGCUUCACCGCCCAGACCGCCGGGGCACAGGCCCCGGCCACUUUGGGCCUAGCCUUCCGAGGAGACGAAGCCUUCGAGGUUCCGCACAUCGAGCCGUUCUCCACCCCACCAGAGCUUCCAGACGUGUUGAAGCCUCAGGAUUCCGGAGAAAGCGCCAGUGGAGAGGCCGUGCAAUGA